AGAGAUCAAUGUUUGUGGCACACCACAAGAUGAUUGUCAUCAACAUGCGACAUGUGAGAAUACUGGACCAGGGUUGCACACAUGUACUUGUAACCAAGGUUACACAGGAAAUGGAAAAUACUGCGAAGGUUUGUGGCGAAUUUUUAAAGUCCUAGUUAAAAUAUAGUUCAAACCUUUGACAUCCAUAUAUUUAAUGCUUCCAGUUAGCUCAACUAUGAUUCAACAGCAAAUUAUUCCGACGCAGAUUAGGCAUCAUUUGGAUGCACAUGCAGUCGAAACUCUGAAUUAUUAGAAUGGCAAAUAGGGUCAACCUCGUUCCCAGGCAAGAAGUUGAUCUAUUAUUGAGAUACACAAAGAUAUACAUGUGACCUAAUGGGAAAUUUUGAUUGGGCUUAACUCGAAAGAGCGUGGUGGGGGCUUAACUCGAAGGGCUUAACUCGAAGAUUUGCUAUCCCGUAUAACGCCAAUGAUGACUACAUAUGUUCGGUAUCUGCGAUCAACUCUGUGAGAACUGAGAAGUUGAUCUAUUAUUGAGAUACACAAAGAUAUACAUGUGACCUAAUGGCGUAAUGGGGAGUUUUGAUUGAGAUCAUUAAUUUUUCAUGAAUUUGUUAAGUUUACUGAACGUGGCUCGGUACCCCAAUUCGAGCAAUCUCGUGAUCCGGAGCACGUGCGAAAUAAUUUUUUCUGUGAAAAAUUAUUGGUGCGGUUGUUAGUUCUAGACUAUAGUCUCAACUGUAGGUAUUAAAACAUUACCAUAUUAUAUUAUAUUAUAUUAUUGCUGACGCAGCGAGCGAGCAUGAAGCGAGCGAGCAAGUCAGCAGUUCUAAUUCGUAUUGGGUUCUGACCAGAAUGCACUGCUGUUAACCGACCAGAAUGCAUUGUUGUUAGCCGACCAGAAUGCUUUGCAUGCAUGAUGCUAUAAAUACGGGGAAUCUCAUUAGUCAGUUUAUAUAAGCCGGUAACGAUGCAGUUCUUUUGGUGUAUUUUGUAUUUCAUUGUAUGCCUGGUCUGUUGAUUUCUGGCUGGUCUUACACUAUAUAUACUGAAUUUGUUCAUUACAAACAAUUUAUAACGCUUAGAAAGCGAAUUUAUGCGUUUGUGCUCUUCGCCUUAUUUUCUUUUGUUUUUUCUUAUUUCAUUUAAACAGGGUUUAGGUUUUAGACCUUUUGUUUGAAUAUGAUUUGACAAUAAGGUGAUUGACUCAUUGACACGGAGACAUGGCAUGAACAGUCCGGCAACUGCCAACUAUGUUUAUAGCAUGGCGUUUUAAAAGAACGAUGCUUUGCGUGCUAUUUCAUGGGUUAAUUAAAUUACUUUGGCUGCCAAAAAGCACACUACACUAUAAUCAGUGCAUACACAACAUAACUUAAUUUAUGAAAAAUUUGACCGUGCGUUAUACGUGUGUCUGACUCAGUGUAACAAUACUGAGUUUAUUUGACUGUAUAUUAUAAGUUCUUUGUAGGUUUGCAUGGCGAUUAAACAUAUAAUACUUUUUGUUUGUGGAAACACCACGUAAAUAAAUUGUAAACAUUUACGUGGUGUUUCCGCAAACAAAAAGAAAAUAUGACUGUAUAUUGUUUUGACUUAGGCUCGAUUUCCAGCUGGUUUUCCGUACAAAAACGGGACCUUGAAAGUCGAGAGACUGCUCACGGCUGGUAACCAAGCCUAGAGUUGACUCUGUAUUUGUCUAUUUACUUUUCAUUAACUCAUUUAAUUUAACUGAAGAAUGGAACCAAUGGCUUCUCUUGCUUGACUUAGUGACCACUGAGUCCUUCUUAUUAUAUUUCGUAACACAAUUUCCUCAGAGAAUAAUAUUUCAGCUGAGGAAUUCCUCAGCUGAAAUAUUGAGGAACAAUAUUCUUCUCGCUUCUAACGAGUAGAAUCUGAAACUCAAUUAUAUUGGUUGUAAAAUUGCUGAAGAAACAAAACAAUCUUCAAAUUCUAUUAACAGAAUAUGAAGAACACUUCGCCAUCUCAAAAUAUACUCAAAUGGCAGAUAACUAAAUAUGAUUCCUUAAAAUUCUCCCUUAAAGUACGCGUGAAAAAUUUAAAAGUUCCUCAAUCUUGUUGCUAAGGCAAAUGUUCCUCAGGAUCCAGGAUCCCACUUUUUUCCAGGUCUGCAAUAAUAGUAUACGUGCGGAUCAUUGAGGAACACCGAGGUCCUGCUUUAUAAUCUUGCUUACUCGAACUAUGAGCUUGGCGCGUGUUGUAGGUUCAGGGCCGUACCCAGCGGUGGGCUGGGGGGCAACUGCCCCCCUAGAGAAAACUAUAUUUACAAUUUUUAGAAUGUCAUUAUUAAUUAUUCUUCGGAUAUUUGGGACUUUUUCGGCAUAUAUAGGCCUUACUGCCCCCUGAUGAAAAAAUCCUGCAUACGGCCGUGUGUAGGCUGAGCUAUAGACGAAUCACGUCGCACUAUCCUGGUCACAUGUGUAUCCCUUUGAUUUAAUCAGCGUAUAUUUUAAUUAAUCAAACUGAUGACAAACAAACGAAUUGAAAUGAAUAUAAAAGAUGGUACAUUGUACUGAAAAUUAAUAACUAAGAACGUAUCAUUGUUAUACAGCGCAGCAUGAUUUUGCGAUUAUGAUAACUGCAGUUAUAGUUUAUUAAAAAAAAAGAAGAAAAAUUCGAAAGUAGAAAGUUGGCAAUACUGAUGCUACAAAUAGAAUCCGUUUUUGCAAUUGACAAUUAGGUAGAAGAAUUCCAUAGAUUACGUACGAUACCAUACUUCUUCUGCAUUGUACCCUUCUUGCCCUACUGGCGUACAUUUCUGAUUCUGACCAAAUGCACUUAACAAACUCGUUUAAUAGAAAUCAAGAUAUGUGGCACGGCGAGAGAUGACUGUCAUGAAUUUGCGACCUGCAGAGACACCGGACCUGCAACUUACACUUGUACGUGCAAUGAAGGUUAUCAGGGCGAUGGAAAGAUCAAAUGCGACAGUUAGUACACUGAUUCAACAUUUUGAUAAUUCGACUUUUUAUUUACCUAUUUAUUUAAAUUACACUGCUGAUAAAUUACAUUGCAUAAAGUUACAUGAAAUGGAAUAUACACGACAAUGCAACACAUUAAUUAGGGCAUAUAUCCUGCUAUCUAUAAAGAUCUCAGCACGUUUGUAG